AUGGCAGAAGGUCUUCGAUCAAAGGAGAGGUCUGCAAAUCUUUCAAUGGAUGUGAUCGUGACUAAAUGCUCAGAGCUCAUUCUUGAAUCAAAGAAAGAUGAUGAAGAGAGGAUCUAUGAUCAUCGUCCUCGUCUUCAGCAGUUUCACCGUGCCAACAGAGGUAUUAAAGUUGAUUUUCCUCGAUUUCUUGAUGGUGAUCCUGUUGACUGUCGUAUCUAUGGCCUCAGUGAUGAUAUGUUAAAGAGUUGUUUCAUUUCUGGCCUCAAGCCAAUGCUCAGAAGAGAGGUCCUAGCAUUACAACCUGAUUCUCUGCAACAGGCCCUGGAUCUUGCUAGAUUGCAGGAGGACAAAUUCCUUGAUUUCAAACCUUAUGCUAAACCUUGGCAGCAGAAACCAAUAUCUAUCAAUCCAUUGCCUUCAAUUUUGGGCCCUAGUCCUACCACCCAAAUUUCUAAUCAGACUCCCAAACAACCAAUAAGGAGGUUAUCAGAGGCUGAGCAACAGCAAAGGAGGCAAAAGGGCCUUUGCUUUAAUUGUGAUGAAAAGUUCCAUGUGGGUCACAGGUGUAAAGGUCGGUCCACUCUUUUGCUGUUAGAGGGUGAUGAGUUCAUGGAUGAGGUGUUACCCAAUGAAAUUGAGGAAUCGCAAGAACCUAAUUCUGAUCCAGAAAUCAGUCUACAUGCCUUAAUGGGCCAUCGGUCCCCUAAAUCCUUGCGACUCAAAGGUCGGAUCAACAACUCCAGUGUUGAGUCUGUAUUCGAUACUCCAAACAUAUUACCUCCUCAGAGACUAAAUGAUCACCGGAUCUCACUUGAGUCCCACUCAAAGGCUGUAUCUAUUAGACCUUAUAGAUACCCUCACUAUCAGAAAGCUGAAAUGGAGAAAAUGGUGGCUGAUAUGCUUGCAGAUGGGAUUAUCCAACCGAGUGUCAGUCCCUACAGUAGCCCAGUGCUAGCUCUGAACAAUGUAACAAUCAAAGAUAAAUUUCCUAUCCCUACUGUCGAUGAGCUAAUUGAUGAACUACAUGAUGCAACUUGGUUUUCUAAGCUAGAUCUCAGAUCGGGUUAUCAUCAAAUACGAAUGCAUACUGCAGACAUUCCUAAAACUGCUUGUCGAACUCAUCAAGGCCACUAUGAGUUCCUUGUGAUGCCAUUUGGCCUCACAAAUGCCCCAAGUACCUUUCAAGCAACUAUGAACAGAAUUUUUGAGCCUUAUCUUCGUAAAUUUGUGAUUAUAUUUUUUGAUGAUAUACUGGUCUAUAGCAAGACGGUGGAAGAUCAUGCAAACCACUUAGCUUUGGUCUUGCAAUGCCUACAGCAGAAUCAAUUUUAUGCCAAGCUCUCCAAGUGCAGCUUUGCUCAGUCUUCUAUUGGUUACUUGGGCCAUAUAAUCAGUUCUACAGGGUUACAACCAGACCCAGAGAAAAUUGAUGCCAUUGCUAACUGGCCUGCCCCAACUACAGUGAAAAGGCUGCGGGGUUUUUUGGGUCUCACGGGCUAUUACCGGAAAUUUAUACAAGGCUAUGCUUCAAUUGCUUCUCCUCUUACAGACCUCCUUAAGAAGGAUGCUUAUAAAUGGACCCCAACUGCUGAACAAAGCUUUCAAUAG